CGCGCGCGGAGUAGGUACUGAGUCACAGGCGGGUUUGGGAGGAAACCGAUUUUAAAAAAGCUAAAAAAAAAAAAUCCCCCACACACUCCAAAAAAUCCGUUUUCUUACUAGUCGCGUCAUAAAUAUAACAUUUUGUAUUUCAUUGAAUAAAAGAUCGUUUCAAAAAUGAUGAACGGCCAAAUGAACGGGUUUCACAACUCCCUCAUUGACGAAGACUGCUUCUUGUUCACCUCGGAGUCGGUCGGAGAAGGACAUCCUGACAAAAUUUGCGAUCAGAUCAGUGAUGCUGUGCUUGAUGCCCAUCUCAAACAAGAUCCUGACGCCAAAGUUGCAUGUGAAACUGUGGCCAAAACUGGAAUGAUCCUGCUGGCAGGAGAAGUGACAUCCCGUGCAACUGUGGACUACCAGAAGGUUGUUCGGGACACUAUUCGCCACAUUGGAUAUGAUGACUCUUCCAAAGGGUUUGAUUAUAAGACCUGCAAUGUUCUUGUGGCUUUGGAACAGCAGUCUCCUGACAUUGCUCAAGGUGUUCAUGUCGAUCGUAAUGAGGAGGAUAUUGGAGCAGGGGAUCAGGGCCUGAUGUUUGGCUAUGCCACUGAUGAGACUGAGGAGUGUAUGCCUCUCACCAUUGUCCUCGCUCACAAACUCAAUGCCAAGAUGGCUGAACUGCGUCGUAAUGGCACCCUGCCAUGGCUUCGGCCAGACUCAAAGACCCAGGUGACUGUUCAGUACCGUCAGGAUCGUGGCGCCAUGCUUCCAGUCCGUGUGCAUACUAUAGUUAUCUCUGUACAGCACGAUGAAGACAUCUGUCUAGAGGAGAUGAGAGAUGCUCUGAAAGAGAAGGUCAUUAAGGCUGUGGUUCCAUGCAUCUAUCUGGAUGAUGACACUAUCUACCACCUGCAGCCAAGUGGAAGAUUUGUUAUUGGUGGCCCACAGGGAGAUGCCGGUCUAACAGGGCGUAAAAUCAUUGUUGACACCUAUGGUGGUUGGGGUGCCCAUGGUGGUGGUGCAUUCUCUGGGAAGGACUACACAAAGGUGGACCGCUCUGCUGCCUAUGCUGCUCGCUGGGUGGCCAAGUCCCUGGUGAAGGCAGAGCUGUGCAAGAGGGUGCUGGUCCAGGUGUCCUAUGCCAUUGGAGUUGCCCAUCCCCUCUCCAUUUCUAUCUUCCACUAUGGGACCUCCCGUAAGAGUGAACGGGAACUGCUUGACAUUGUGAAGAGGAAUUUUGACCUGCGUCCAGGGGUCAUUGUCAGGGAACUGGAUCUGAAGAAACCCAUGUAUCAGAGGACCGCAGCCUACGGCCACUUUGGCCGAGACUCCUUCCCAUGGGAGGUGCCCAAAAAACUUAAAUGCUAAAUCUGUUAAGCUUUUCCCCCAGGCUUGUUGGUGUAUAUUACAGAGAAGCCUACAAGGUCCCAGGGGUGAAAGGCUCUCCUCUUUCCUCAUAAUGGCAUCAUUUAACCCUUACCUAUCCCUUUAUCACUCCCCUUUUUGUCCUGUCACUGUUAUUCCUGUCAGUAGUAUCAUGCUAGUUCCUAGAAUUGGUUCAGAACUAUUUAAAAUGGGAUAGAUCCCUGACAAAUGGCUGAACUUAACUAUAUAUAUACUUGUGCCUCAAGUCCUAACUUAAGGCUCAUAUGUCCCUUGUGCUUUCCGUCAUAUCUCCUUUUCAGACCUCGCAUUGUUGUGAUUAGAGUACUCCGUUUUAGUGUUCCACGCUGAGUCUAUCUGCAGUCUUACUCAUGUUAUAUUAGGUUACAUGCAACACUCCUUAAUUUUUUGGUGCUACAUAAGUAAGGGAUCUUAAGGGCAUGCAUAGUUUGCAAGUCCUUAAGUUGAGGCAUAAAUUCAGAGAUGAAUAAGUCUGUUCUCCCACCUUUUCUAGCCAGUCCAUCUUAAAACAUUCCGUGAUUCUAGUGCAGUUUCUUUUUCCUUUUUUUUUUUUUGUCCCCUUUCUGUGGAGGUUGCUAGAAUGGCACUAUUAAAGGUGAAGGGUUGUUGCUGUUUUUUUUUUUCCCUCCAAAAAAAAAAGGCUAUGCAUUAAAGAA